AUGAACAAUCUAUAAGGCAAUAUAGGAGCUAGGAGAAUUUCUAUUAAAACGUAAUUAUCUUCUAACUCUGUGCAGUAAAUAUAGUCAACUACUCCUAAAUCAAGAGAAAACUCCCAAGCAUAAUUAUAAAAAUAAGUUUCUAUUUCUAAUAAUACUAAUAUGGAAGGUGUUAUUACAGAGAGCGAUACUUGCAUGAACAAUUUAUCAAAUAACCAAUUUAUAAUUAAUUCGAGACAUGCAGCAUUUAUGCUGGAUGAAAAUAUUUCGAACCCAUCUUCUCAAAAUACUAUAACUUAUUAAGUUAAUAUAUUCAAUUAACAUUUAAAAGGUGACGGAUCGUUUGGAGGUAUGUUGCAUAAUAAUAAUGGGGGCAUAUAGCAAUUAAACUUGAGUUAAUUGUCAUAAAAUGUUUAGUAGAAUAAUGUUUAUUCUAACGCAUUCAAAGAUAAAAGAUUAACUCCAACAAUGAGAAAAUCGAAUAAUGAAGGAAAUUCGUUUAAUUAUGAAAAUAAUUACUUUAAUUAGCAAAAAUUGAAGAAUGCAAUUUUAAAAAAAGGAGAUUAUGAUGAUGGAGGGGGAGGAUUUUACUAAAAUGAUCCUAAUUCUUUCAGGAGCACUGUUAGAGAGUUCGAAAAUGCAGAAAUCAGCAGAAAUUGUAUUGAUCUUUAGUAAAUGUAAUUGUAAAGACUACCAUAGUUAGUUCAAGAGACUAAAAAUUCUCUUUAAAUAUUGAAUCUAAGCUACAACAAUUUUGUUAUAUUUCCUUAAGAAUUGUGUCAGUUUUUACACUUGAAAAUUAUGAAACUUGAUUUUAACUUUUUAAAUGAGAUUCCUGAGUAAAUUGCUUUUUUAAAAUACUUGGAAGAGCUAUCUGUUUCCCACAAUUGUCUCAAGAUGCUGCCAGGCACACUUCAAAAUAUGCCAAAUUUAAGAAUACUGAAUGUAGGAUAAAACAAUAUUACUCAAAUUGGUUAAGAGAUUACAAACAUUAAAAAACUUGAGGUUUUAUAUAUCUAUAAUAAUGAAUUUACACAAUUGCCAGCUAAAUUAAGAAAUCUCAUUCAUUUGAAAGAACUAGGUCUUGAUUGGUUUCGCUAUAAUAAGCCACCCAUAGAUACUCUACUAACUAGACCUGCUUAGAAUUCUCUAUUUGCUAAACUGUUUGACCUAUGUGGCUAACAUGCAUUAAAUGCAAAACCAACCAUUUCAUUUAAAGAAUUUAUCAAACAUUUUUCUCUAUUAGAUGGAGCUUUUGAUUUUACGAAAGUAGAUGCAAGAGGUCGCACAAUAGCAUUUCUUGCAACAGAAAGUGAGGAGCUUGGAGUAUUAAAGGCUCUAUUUGAUGAAAACAAAGAUAUUAUUAAUCAGUAGGACAGAGAAGGCUAGACACUAUUGACACAAGCCUUGGUAGAUAAUAAGGUGAGAAGCGUUUAAUUUCUUCUUGAUCAUGGUGCUGACCCAAAAAAAGGAGGCGGACAUCUUGGAAGCUGUCUUCACAUGGCAACCAGCAAAUUAAAUUAAGAGCUCGUUUUGAAAUUUCUCGCAUUAGGUGUUAAUCCUAAUGCUACAGAUUUCGAAGGAAGUACACCUUUGCAUAUAGCUUUCAGUAUUUUCUAAAAAGAUCCUCUAGCAGCUAAAGUUAUAUCUGAAUAGCUACUAUCAAAUGGAGCUGACCCUAAUAUCUUAAACAAAGAUUUAUGGACUCCGUUACAUCUCGCUGUUAGAAGAAAUUAAAAAGAUGCAAUUAAAUAUGCUUUGUAAUAUAACGAAAAGUUGAGAUAAAAGCUUGUUGCUUAAUCUCCAAAUAACUCUUCUAAUAACUAAAAUAACCUUUCUUGUAUGUAAAAUGAAGAUGAUAACAGUUACUAUCAAGAUUCUAGAGAUUCAUCAAAGAGAGCCCCAUCGUACAAUAUAAAAAAAGAUUUUAUUGAUGAAAAUAGUGCUUUAUAAGACUGUGAUAAGCUUUAAAUUGACUCAGCUACUCCUUCGAGGUUCACUUAUAUGGACAAAAGUAACAAUAGUACACCAAAAGUUGGCUCUGAGGAAAUGAAUUUUUAGAAUAGGAGCUAGUUCUAUCAAGACGCAACAACAAGUUUUUCAAAAAAAUCAGCUAAUUUUAUCAAUAGACAAGAAGAGGACCUUUCUGAUGAAAACGAAGAUAGAUCCCCUGGCUAAACGCAUCGAACUGCCAAUUUCAACAAUUAGUAAUCUAUGAAAAUAGCUAAAAAUUGUAAAAAGCUAUUUAAAUUUGAUAAAAGAGGAGGCGCUAAUAAAUGGACAGUUAUGCAUUUAGCUGCAAAUUAAGGAAACAUAGGCAUGCUUGAAAUUCUUUCAGAAGCUAAUUCAUGCCCAUACUCUCUUACUAAGUUUAAUUAAACACCUAGAAAAGUAGCUCUUUAAAGCUUAAUCCUUUUUAAAAUUCUAAGAAAAUUUGAAAACAGAUGGAUGCUCAAAAAUGUGCUAGGAGAAGAAUAUCAAAGCGAAUUUUCUGCUAGAGACAAUGUUGUUGAGAGAAAUAUUUAAAAUUUACGUGGCUUUAUAGCUGAAACUAUGAAAAGGAAGGAACAUUUUUUGCAUGAAUAAUUAGAUCUGUUUGAUGAUAAAGAAUUUGGUUAUGCAAUAAAAGAAAAUAUGUAAAAUAACAAAGCUCAGAAUCCAAGGAAUAAAGAGAAUGGAAAUGAUUCAGAAGAAGAUGAAAUAUUAGAUCCAGAGUUAAGUUUUGAUAAGGUAGCUAGCUCUUUUAAAUUCAAUGGCUUACUUGCUUAGUAGACUUCUUAAUAAAUUCUAGCAGGAAGCUCAGAUAAAACUUAACUAAAUAAUUCAAUGAUCCCGCCAAAUAGUGGGACACUAAAGCCUUAGUAGUUUGGUAGCAUUAUACGUUAAAACAGUAAGGGAUCAGCUUAAAAAUUCAAAGAUGAAUCUAGUAAUAAAAUGAAAAAAGAUUAAGAAGAUGACGAUGAUGAAGAUGAUGAUUUAAUGAAUGACAUUGAUGAAUGCGACGAAGACAAUGAUAUGGACGAUUUUGACGAAGAACCAGGUAAAUCUAAAAACACUAGUAACUUUAAUGGUGCUUCUAGGAAUAUAGUCAAGAUAAGCAAUAAUAAUGAUGAGAGAUCUUGCGUUUUCAUGAAAAAUUUACCAAAUGCUAAUUCUAUUCCUAAUUCAUCUAAUCCUCUUUUGUAAAUGGUGUUAAAUUUUAGUGAAUUUAAAGGGAAUUAAUAAUAUAUGAAUGCCAGUAAGCAAUAAGAAAUUGAAGAGUAAAAGAAAUUAAUUGAAAAAUAAGAAAAUACACUCACUGUUGAUUUCUUUUCUGACAUUUAGUCAUUAGAGUAAGAAAAAUUCGGUAUGGAAGUAGAUAGAUUAAAAAAUCACUUCUUAUACGCAAAUACAAUCUUUUAAGAAUGCCUUAAUACUCUCUUUUUACUUUAAGUAAUUCACAUUAGACUCUCUUAUAAAAAUAUGAAAUUUAUUUGCGAGAAAGGUACUUUGCCUAGAAAUAUUCACAUUAUGAAUGAAUUUCUACACUCUAAAAUGGGCUAGCAGUUUAUGGAAGAACAGAAAUAGUUUUUGCCUUCAAUUUUAAUAUCUUUUUUACAUGAAUUAUUAAGCAGAAUUAAACCUCUACCUGAACUAGAUCUAGAUUAAGGAACUGCUUACACAUAAUUUAAUAAAAUUGCUUAAGCAAAUAAAUAGAAUUAAUUGAUAAAUAUGUUGAUUCUUAGAACAAGAGAUGCACUUUGCAACUUAAACUGCUUUGAUUUUAUCAAUGAAUAUUAGCAAAAAUGCCUAUACACUUAUAAUUUACAAAGUGAAAAAGGAGAUAAAGAUCAUAUCAUGGCUUUUUCUACAAGUGAUUAUACAAAUACAACUUUUCUUGACUACGAAAAUAUGCAAAGUAUGUAUUAUGUAAAUAAUUUAAAACCUAUAUUUACAAAUAGCAACGCACAAGGAAAUAAUUAUGCAUGCAAUUAAUACCACAUAGUAGGAUCACCUAAUUAUUAUAAUUCUAUAAAAUAGUAAAUAAAUUCUCGCUAAAGAAAAACCCAGUCAUAAACUGGAGAUAAAUUAAAACCAUCUUUCAAUGGUAACGCUACAUAAAUAAAAAAUUCAAAAUAAAUAAAUCAAACAUAACCAUAGCUCUUUUAGCAAAACUAAAAACAAGUUUUGUAAGAUAAAAAUUCUAAAAGUAUAUCUCAACCUCUAGAAAACAAGCAGCUAAAUUUAUAAUCGAAUAAUGUAAUUAAUACAGAUUUAGAUAGCAAUUUCACAAAAAACUAAAGCUUUUUAAUUAACAACCAAUCUCAAAAAAUAAAUUAAAAUAAUUAAAAAUCAUCGAAAUCUUUUAUUUAAUAAGAUGGACAUAUUGAAUGUUCCUCUUUUUCAGAAAUUUCAAAUACAACAAAUUAAAAUAAAAAGUUACCCAGCUAGCAGCAACCUAUUAAAAAUAAUUUUAGUAAUAAUUACAUGUAUUUUAGUAAGUUAUAGAAUGAAGAAUACAAAACAAUAAAUGAAGAUUCUGCAAGCCCAAAAUUUAUAUAAUUGAGUCAAAAAAUUGAAGAGCCUAAAAUGCCAAAUGAAUUAAAAAAGAUAGAUUUGAAUACAUUUUGUAAUAAUAAUAAUAGCAGCAACAACAACACACAAUAAAACUAACAAAAUUAAAAAGUAAUUUAAAAUAUUUAAUAAAAUAUGUAACAAUUUUAAUUACAAAAUUAAUCUGCUCUUAAAUAACCCACAAAGAUAAAUAAUGUACAGAUUUCUCAAAAUUAUUAGUUAAAUUUAGAUGAAAUGAGUAAACAUACAAACGAAAUAAAUAGUAUAAAAUAGAAUCACUUAAAAACUAACGAUUUCUAAACUAUUUCUUAAACUACAAUUAACAGUUAAACUUAAACAAAAACAGGUACAUCAACUUAAACGUCAAUUUCAUUUUAAGAAUCAAAUAAGAAUAAAGGAAACAUAAAAGCCAAUUGUUAAGGUGAAUAUAACUAAGAAUAUUAAUCAAAAAAAAAUACCAAUCUAUAAAAAAAUUAAUUUUAAAGUAAUUAUUAAUAUCAAUCUGAAGUUCCUUAAAAAGCUUAGCACUAUCCAAAUUAUGACACAUCAAAAUCAAAUUAUAGUUAAUAAUCUAGAUAUCAAACUAAUACUCUUUAAUAUUAGUUAAAUAAUUAAAAAAAUAACGAUUUAUCUCAUUCACUCCAAGAUUAUAGGAAGAAUUAAAGAUUCUAUACUACUAAGACAGGUGAAGAAAAUAUUUCCGAUGAAGAUUUAAGUGACGAUUCUUAAAAAAUAUAAACACAAUAAGCUAGUAAAAAGUACUCUGAACAAAAGAUGCAAUACUCUCCGUUUUGCAAAAAAGUGUGA